AUGAUACCAUGGAGAGCCGACAGGUCCUCGAUUCAUGAUUAUUUUCCUGGCAUUGGGUAUCGCAUGAAUGGCCAUAUCUGCGACUCGAGCUUGAAGCUCUUAUAUACGCCUGCUGCUUCACAGAGUCGUCAUGUCGGUGCCUCCCCGUGGACAGUAUAGCAGUGGACCUGCGACCAACCAUCUACCGCCUAUUGAGAUUGGAUCGUUUGUCGCCCUGCCAUCCAGCGACAGCGAGUUUAUAGGGAGCGCCAGCGGCGUCUUCUUCGCCGACACCGUCUUCCGUGCCUUCGCCAGGGCAGCGUCAGCCGCCGCAGUGGACGCGUCUGAGCCGCGACGUAAUGGCGGCACUGCUGGUGAUCCCAGUGCGAAUCCCAGUGCUGAUGCUGAUGGGCCUGACCCAGGCUCAGCUCACACCUACCUGGUUGCGCCUGAGACACACGAUGUGUCUCAAUCGGUAGGCGAUGAGCGUGGGGAAAAUCCAGCCGAGCCGACUUCAACUACAAGCCCUGGAACACCGUCGUAUGGCAUCGACACUACUGCCCUGGGCAUCCCUCCUACAUCGGACACAGCUCAGAAGCUCCUGAUGGCCUUCUUUCGUCAUUGGCAUUCAUUCUUUCCCUUCUUGCAUGGGCCGACCUUUGUGGAACAAGUCAAUCGCUUCUAUGAGGAGGAUCCUGGCCUAGACUCGCCCGCCAACCCGCAGCCCAACUGGAAGUUGUGUCGAGCAGUAACAUUCCAGUGCAUGUUCAAUAUUGUCGCCUCGACAUCAUCCGGCGAGGCUUUGCCUCCAGCAUGUCGCAUCCAGUCAAUCCCGGCCUUUAUAUCCGCAAUAGGGACUCUUUUUUCUUGCCACGACGUCGCUUCCCUCCAGGCUCUGUUGGCUGCUGAAUUAUAUUUGAUCACUACCACGUCAUUGCGGGCAGCAUCAACAAUUCAAGGCGUCCUGGCGCGAUCCAUGUACAACUCUGGCUUUCACCGAUGCCCUUCGCGCUACCGCCAGCUCCCUCCCGGCACAGGUGGUAUCCGGAAACGCAUAUUUUGGUGUGCUUACGUCCUAGACCGCUACAUUGGUCAGGCGCUGGGCCAUCCUUUUAGCAUCCAGGACGCUGAUGUGGAUGUUUGCAUCCCUGGGAUGGUGGAACUGCACCGGCCAGUCAAGUCGAGAGAGAACGCCGCCGCGUCGCAGGCAGUUCUGAACGAGCAAGUUCUUGACCACUUACCAAUGCGCCAAACAGAACCUGCUCAUUUGGCUGGGGGUUCCUCUGCUCGAUCACAAUCAAGUGGUCAGCCGAGAGACGUUCUGAAAACCCAUGACAUCCUUGCAGCCCAAAGCCCGGCACAACAUUACACCGCUGCUGGCAAAGAAGCAAGGGGGUUUAUCUUGAGUCAUCUCGCAACUUACUCACAGUUGCUAGGCGACGUUGUCCAUCUGUUCCACAGAUCAAUACAUACGAGAAACAUCAACGCCCAAAGCAUUCCAGAUAUAACCUAUCGAGUCCAUUGCUGGUGGAACGGUCUCCCGCCUGCGUUCCAGGAUGAAGUCCAGGAAGGGUCCUCUAACCAUCAGCCCUCCCACUCCAUCUUCUUCAACAUGCUGCACAAUUAUCUUAUCUUGUUAAUUCACCGCCCUUUCCUCUCACUCCCGCCCGACAAUCAAGACUUCCAAUCGAGUGUGCAGACGGCCUUGAGUGCAAGUCGCAACAUCAUUGUAAAACUAAAAUGGCACACAGACAAUCCCUUCCUGAUGGCCUGGCCGGCAACUCUGUCUGCUGUCUGGAUGGCAGGUUUGGUUAUUGCAUUUGCCACCCUUUUGGAGUUGUAUCCAAACGCAAAGGCGAAUUCAGAUCUGGGCCAUUGCCUCAAAAUCCUAGAGGCUAUGGCAUCUCGGUGGACAAGCGCGCGCCACUGUCGAGAAGCUGUAAACGUGCUUCUUCAACGCUUGAAUGCUCGUUUCGGGCCCGACCCAGCCGAUUUAGUCUCGACAAUGUUUCCUUCGAAGCCACAAUACCGUGUCACGAACCAACCAAUAGACAUGGAGCCAGCAUUCGUUGCCAACACGGAAGGCCGGGGCGCCAAACGACAAAGAUUGUACAAUGACGUACCUGCGUGGCACCAGGGAUCCUUCCAAUAUACAGCUUCAAACAGCGCGAUCGACGACAAUACUUUCGAGGCCGAGGACUGGAUACCUGUUAUGGAAUAUACGGGUCCCGAUUUUGGUUUCGACACGGCUCACAUUGGCGGCCAAGACCUUUUUAGUGGUGCUGCGGAUACUGAAAUGGGUGGCCUGUUUAGCAGUAUUGGUUGGGAUGCCAAUAUUCAGGGGUCUGGGGGCCGUUUUGGGGGCUAGUGCUUGAUCAAUAUUGAACGCGAAUGGAUUCAGGCAUGUUGGAGAGUGUUACCUUGGACUUGAUCCGUCGUUAGUGACAUUGAUCUGGACGCCCUCGCAAGACUACAAGACAUAUGAUUGGGCGCUCUCAACGGUGACAGCAGUUGAAUCGAGGCCUGGCUAAUAUCUCACGACUGAACAUUGUAUAGAGAAACACGAAUAGCAUGUGC